AUGGUCUCUUCAGUCCAGGAUGCCCAGCCCCUCGUGGACACUCGCGCCCCACUGAGCCUCAGCCACCUCCGCCUGAAACUCAAGAAACUGAAGCUCGAGGAGGAGCGUCUCACGGUCAUCGACAGGGAUAACCGCUUGCUGCUGGAGAGGGUGUCCUGCAUCAUGAGGACCAGGGGACAGACUGAGAAAGAAACAACUGCACAUGUAAGAGACGAGGUGGCCACUCCCAGCCUCAUGCUGGUGCUGCUUUUUCCCAACCACAUUGUUUUUUACCCAAAGUGCAGUUCUCUGUAG